AUGCGCGUCAUUCUCCUCGGCGCAACAGGCAAUCUAGGCAUUCGCCUAGUUGCGGCACUCCUCGCCCAUGGCCAUCAAGUUGUGGUUUACGUCCGUUCUCCCCAGAAGUUUGCCAAUAUGGCCCCUGAGGGCGUUCGUUCCCGGGUCACAGUUUUUAACGGGGACGCCACAGACGCGGAGAGCCUCAAGACGGCCAUCCGCGAACACCAUUGCGACGCCAUGGUGGACACUGCGGGAAACCAAGUCUGGCCGUGGAAAGAGCAUCAGCUCCAGAAAAUUGCGAGGGCUGCCUCGCAAGCUGCGGUAGAUAUUGGCAGGGAGCGAGGAGUUCCGAUGCGAGCCUUGUUCAUUUGUGGACUCGGUGAGCUGGCGUAUCCGCUACCUAGCGAUGAGAAGUCUCAACAAGGAAAGGCCUCCACAUCUCCGCCAAACGUGGAACAGCCGAGACGUACAAUUGGUAGCUACCUCCCGAACUUUGCUGUUGAACAGCAUCGUGAAACCCGAGCGAUCAUAAAUGCUAUUCCCCUCUCCGAUCUUCGCUGGACUCUCGUUUGCAUCGCCAUCAUGCUACCGCUGCACGAAGGAAUCGAGCUUCUCUCAGAGCCGGAUCCCCAUAACUUACUCACCACUGCUGACAUUCCGCCUGCGUGGCCACGUAGAUGGGUGGCUCGGAUCCCUUGGAUUGGCACAAGCUUGGAAGUCAUCAUGAACAUGGCUGGCUAUACAACUAAAUUGGAGCACAUUGCUGACUUUAUUGCGGAAGACCUGGCGAGGGGUAGCGAGAAGUGGGUCGGGCAGUUGGUAGGUUUUAGAGAGCGAGAGAAAGGCCAGUGA